AUGGGCCGUCGGAGCGCGCUAGCCCUUGCUGUGGUCUCGGCCCUGCUGUGCCAGGUCUGGAGCUCUGGCGUAUUUGAGCUGAAGCUGCAGGAGUUCGUCAACAAGAAGGGGCUGCUGGGGAACCGCAACUGCUGCCGCGGGGGCUCAGGCCCGCCGUGCGCCUGCAGGACCUUCUUCCGUGUAUGCCUCAAGCAUUAUCAGGCCAGCGUGUCCCCGGAGCCACCCUGCACCUACGGCAGCGCGGUCACGCCAGUGCUGGGUGUCGACUCCUUCAGUCUGCCUGACGGCGCAGGCAUCGACCCUGCCUUCAGCAACCCCAUCCGUUUCCCCUUCGGCUUCACCUGGCCAGGUACCUUCUCUCUGAUCAUUGAAGCCCUGCACACAGAUUCUCCGGAUGACCUCGCAACAGAAAAUCCAGAAAGGCUCAUCAGCCGCCUGACCACGCAGAGGCACCUGACUGUGGGAGAGGAGUGGUCUCAGGACCUUCACAGUAGCGGUCGCACAGACCUCCGGUACUCUUACCGUUUUGUGUGUGAUGAACACUACUACGGAGAAGGUUGCUCUGUGUUCUGCCGACCUCGAGACGAUGCCUUUGGCCACUUCACCUGCGGGGAGAGAGGGGAGAAGGUGUGCGACCCUGGCUGGAAAGGCCAGUACUGCACUCAACCAAUCUGUCUGCCAGGGUGUGAUGACCAACAUGGAUUUUGUGACAAGCCAGGGGAAUGCAAGUGCAGAGUUGGCUGGCAGGGCCGCUAUUGCGAUGAGUGCAUCCGAUACCCAGGCUGUCUCCAUGGUACCUGCCAGCAGCCCUGGCAGUGUAACUGCCAGGAAGGCUGGGGGGGCCUUUUCUGCAACCAGGACCUGAACUACUGUACUCACCAUAAGCCAUGCAGGAAUGGAGCCACUUGCACCAACACAGGUCAAGGGAGCUACACAUGCUCCUGUCGACCUGGGUAUACAGGUGCCAACUGUGAGCUGGAAGUAGAUGAGUGUGCGCCAAGCCCGUGCAGGAAUGGAGGGAGCUGCACGGACCUUGAGGACAGCUACUCUUGCACCUGCCCUCCUGGCUUCUAUGGCAAGGUCUGUGAGCUGAGUGCCAUGACUUGUGCAGACGGUCCCUGCUUCAAUGGGGGACGAUGUUCAGAUAACCCUGACGGAGGCUACACCUGCCAUUGCCCAUCAGGCUUCUCUGGCUUCAACUGUGAGAAGAAGAUGGAUCUCUGCAGCUCUUCUCCCUGUUCUAAUGGUGCCAAGUGUGUGGACCUCGGCAACACCUACCUGUGCCGAUGCCAGGCUGGCUUCUCUGGGAGAUACUGUGAGGACAAUGUGGAUGACUGUGCCUCCUCCCCAUGUGCAAAUGGGGGCACCUGCCGGGAUAGUGUGAAUGACUUCUCCUGUACCUGCCCACCUGGUUACACAGGCAAGAACUGCAGUGCCCCUGUCAACAGGUGUGAGCAUGCACCCUGCCACAAUGGGGCCACCUGCCACCAGAGGGGCCAACGCUACAUGUGUGAGUGUGCCCAGGGCUAUGGUGGCCCCAACUGCCAGUUCCUGCUCCCUGAGCCACCACAGGGUCCCAUGGUGGUGGACCUUAGUGAGAGGCAUAUGGAGAGCCAGGGCGGGCCUUUCCCCUGGGUGGCCGUGUGUGCUGGGGUGGUGCUCGUCCUCAUGCUACUGCUGGGCUGUGCUGCUGUGGUGGUCUGUGUCCGGCUGAAGCUACAGAAGCACCAGCCCCCUCCCGAUCCUUGUGGGGGAGAGACAGAAACCAUGAACAACCUGGCCAAUUGCCAGCGUGAGAAGGAUGUUUCUGUCAGCAUCAUUGGGGCUACACAGAUCAAGAACACCAACAAGAAGGCAGAUUUUCACGGGGACCAUGGUGCUGAUGAGAGCCGCUUUAAGGCCCGAUACCCUGCUGUGGACUAUAACCUCGUUCGAGACCUCAAGGGAGAUGAAGCCACCAUCAGGGAUGCACACAGCAAACGUGACACCAAGUGCCAGUCACAGGGCUCUGCAGGAGAAGAGAAGGGGACCUCAACACUAAGGGGCGGAGAGGUCCCUGACAGAAAGAGGCCCGAGUCUGUCUACUCUACUUCAAAGGACACCAAGUACCAGUCGGUAUAUGUUCUCUCUGCAGAGAGGGAUGAGUGUGUCAUAGCAACUGAGGUUCAGGCGGAGCUGGUUCUCUUGGAGUUAGCAGAGGUGCCGGACACUGCCAACCCAGGCUUCGGCUGCCACUGUGCUGCCUGCUGGAUGCUCCCAUUGCACUAUGGACAGUUGCUUUGA